AUGGAUUUUGAAAUACAAAUUUCAGCUAUAUGUAAUCACGCAAAAGAGCUAAUUAAUUCAGAUAAUUAUUCAAUAGCUGAUUCAGAUUCAUCAUCAAAUUCUGAAUCUGGUUAUAGUGAUGAAACAAUGGAAGGUAAUGAACUUAAUAAUGAUUGGUUCAAUUGGAAUGAAGAAGAUCAAGAUAAACAUACAAAAUGUUGA